CAGAAUGGUCUCAACCCUCUUGUAAUGCACCAAAACCCAAAUGGAUCUGAUCCACAAGAUCUUCAACCUUUUGCUCCCUCCGCUCGCGAUCCUCGCGCUUCUCUCGUGGUUACCCCUUCACGUCGUCUUCGUAUUCCUCAGGCUCAUCAAGAGAUGUUUUGUGAGUAUGGAGGAUGACGUCGCCGGAAAAGUCGUGCUCAUCACCGGAGCAGCCUCAGGGAUUGGCGAGCAAAUUGCAUAUGAAUAUGCGAGGAGAGGGGCGUGCUUGGCUCUGGUGGACAUAAGGGAGGAAGGCCUCGGGGUGGUGGCCGAGAAAGCGAGGCUGCUCGGGUCUCCAGACGCGAUCACCAUCGGAGCGGAUGUUUCCGACGACCACCACUCCCAACGCUUCGUUCACCAGACGGUGAACCACUUUGGCCGGCUGGACCAUUUGGUAAACAACGCUGGGAUCGCAAAACUUGGCCUCUUUGAGGAUCUUAGCCACAUAUCAGACUAUACUCGCAUCAUGGAUGUGAAUUUCUGGGGAACGGUCUAUGGGACAAGUUACGCGAUUCCUCAUCUUAAAAAGAGCAAAGGGAAGAUUGCGGUCAUUGCAUCUUGUGCCGGAUGGUACCCCGUUCCAAGAUUGUGCUUCUACAAUGCUAGCAAGGCUGCUGUUAUUAGUUUCUACGAGACGUUGAGAACUGAAAUUGGUGAUUCUGUGGGCAUAACGAUAGUAACACCUGGAGUCAUAGAGUCAGAAAUGACAAUGCCUCGGCAUAUUCCAGAGAGUAAAUCAAGAUCUAUCCUGCUGGAGUCCACGGAGAGAGCCGCAAGAGCAAUAGUGAGGAGCACGUGCCGUGGGGACAUGUACUUGACGGAGCCAUUUUGGAUGAGCGUCUUGUAUCCAUGGAAGGUCCUGUUUCCUCAGGUCACGGAGUGGUGCAAUCGCUGGAUUUGCUUUACCAUGUCAAGGGCCUCGAGAAGCGCAAGAGCUUGAUCUUGAAGGGUCACAUUGCCUUCCAUACAAACAUAAACCUGUCGACUGUCAUUUUUCUGUAGGGAUUUCGUGUGCAUGACAUGAACACUGAACUCAACGACGAGCUGGCUUUGUAUACUUCUUGAACGCUUACUCUUUUCUAAGCGUUGGACGGCAUAGAAAAUGACCUGAUCUAGCAAUGUGUUUCGUCGAGGUCUGGGAAUUGAACAUGUUUCGGUGAGGUCUGG